AUGUCUAGCGCUAGUACAAGUUCAGCAAGUGGAACUGGGAAAGGAAAAGGAAAAGGGUCCAGAGCCAAUAUCGUAUCACGAUCAGCAAGGGCCGGUCUUCAAUUCCCAGUAGGUCGCCUUCAUCGUCUCCUUCGCCGUGGACACUAUGCCGAUCGUGUAGGUUCAGGUGCGCCUGUUUAUCUAGCUGCUGUGCUCGAAUACCUCACUGCCGAAAUACUUGAACUCGCGGGCAAUGCAGCAAGGGAUAAUAAAAAAAUGAGGAUCAAUCCACGACAUUUGCAACUGGCUAUCAGAAACGACGAAGAAUUGAACAAGUUGCUUGGACGCGUGACUAUAGCUCAGGGAGGAGUACUGCCUAAUAUUCAUUCCGAGCUUUUGCCCAAGAAGAGUAAGAAAGGUGUGUAUGGAGGAGUAGGGAGGGAGCGAAGGGAGAAAUAG